AUGUCCAUACGUGGCGCGCUGCUUGUAUGGGCACACUUCCUGCCAUCAAGUGCUUGCAUCACGGAGUUCAAGACGAACCCUGACUUCCUGGACUAUUCCGGGUAUGCCUUCAAGGUCGCGCGAGGUGAGGCGAUCCCAGAGCAAGUGAAGGAGUUCUUCUACAUGAGGCAUGACCCCUACGUCAUUCAGCUGACCAAGUACGCCAUGUUCACCCAUCAGAUGCUGACGGCAUGCUGGGCCGUCGGCGGGCGCGUCUGGGAAGUUCGGCUUAUGCUGAACCAGACGCUUCAUGCGGAUGACGGCUCAGAAGGCUUGCAUACCACCGCAUGUGCUCCACGAAGUUGCCGGGGCCAUCAGGUUCUGCAACACAUCGCCUUGAAAGUCAUCACGCGAGACUUCGAUGCUGUGGCCCCUGGUCGGCUGAGAGGGGUUGUCCGGCCCCUUUCUAGCUGGCGCUUCGUGAAGCUCCGCUUUGCCAUUGUGGGUAUGGGUGGUUGUGGGACCACCUCGCUGCAGAAGAACCUGAAGCAGCAUGCUGACAUCCGCUUCACCCGCCGGGAUGACAAAGAGGAGACCUUGUUUGCCCCAGGCUACUCUCACGAAUACACGGGUGGCUUCCGCAUGCUGCCAACGGAAGCUCAAGUCAACAACAUCAACUGCGGCAAGCCGAGAUGUGGCCCCAACGAUCUCGAUGCAACGAAGAAGCUGGGACUGAAAAACUACAUGCUCUACAACUUCGACUUCGGCUUGGCGACCCUGUCUCUGAUAGACGACGUCAUCGUCAUCGCCCUGGUCUGCGAUCCCGUGGAUCGGCUGGAGAAGGUGAUGUUCUGGAGCUACUGCCAGUUUAGCAACACCUCGCGCUGCGGCAAAGGGGUCAUCAUUGACGAGAUCAUGAAGCAGACAACCGUGGCAGCGGUAGUUCAGCAGCAGAGAGACCACUGGGUGGCAGCAGAGCGGAUCAACAUCCUUUACACCCUCUUCCGGGAGAGGGCGAUUGUGGCGCAUCAGUCGCUUCUACGGGAUCGCCCCGAGCUGCUGUAUCGUUUGCUCUUCAGGAGGAUUGGUGUGGCACCGCCAGCUGGCAUCCAGUACCACCGGUACAACUCGGUGGGUGGAGAUAGAACGGGCCUCUGUCGGAGAAAGAAGGUGCUCGCGGAGUUCCAGGCGGAGCUCGAACCCGAGUACCAACAAUUGGAAGCCGUGUUUCGCGACAUGCGUCAUCCGGCGAUCCCCGAGCUGGAAAUGCGACAAACUCGCUGCAACCGUCCCCGAGAACUUCGGAGAAGCAGGCGAUGCAUCAAUCGACGGUGCGAGUAG